AUGAUGGAACAGCACCCCCAGAUGCUACAAACAGUGAGAGUGCAACCUGGCAGCCCAGCAUUGCUAUCCAGAGUCGUCGCUAAGCCAAAGCCACCUGGCACAGCCCAGUGCUGCCUCAAUGGAGAAAACCAGGGGGACAUCACAGGAAAUAUGGGCAAAGCCGUGGAGACACCGCAUGGUCUCACACCUCACCGGGGCUACCAUAAUCCUGCCUUAUUCGGGAAUAAUUUGGUGGGGAGCAAUGAAGUCAGUGGGAUAUUAAAGACUGCCUGGCUCUUCCGCCGCCAUUUUAAAUCCGGCUCCAUACAACGCUCCGCCGCCGCGGCCGCGACUCGAACUGCGCGCCAGCACCCGCCGGCUGACAACGCCGCGGCCAUGGAGGACGUGAACGAGUACAGCAAUAUGGAGGAGGUCGCAGAGGGAUCCAAGAUCAACGCGAGCAAGAAUCAGCAGGAUGACGGUAAAAUGUUUAUUGGAGGCUUGAGCUGGGACACAAGCAAGAAAGAUCUGACUGAGUACUUGUCUCGAUUUGGGGAAGUUGUAGACUGCACCAUUAAAACAGAUCCAGUCACUGGACGAUCAAGAGGAUUUGGAUUUGUGCUUUUCAAAGAUGCUGCUAGUGUUGAUAAGGUUUUGGAACUGAAGGAACACACGGAUGGCAAAUUGAUAGAUCCCAAAAGGGCCAAAGCUUUAAAAGGGAAGGAGCCCCCCAAAAAGGUUUUUGUGGGUGGAUUGAGCCCAGAUACUUCUGAAGAACAAAUUAAAGAAUAUUUUGGAGCCUUUGGAGAGAUUGAAAAUAUUGAACUUCCCAUGGAUACAAAAACAAAUGAAAGAAGAGGUUUUUGUUUUAUCACAUAUACAGAUGAGGAGUCAGUAAAGAAAUUGUUAGAAAGCAGAUAUCAUCAAAUUGGUUCUGGGAAGUGUGAAAUCAAAGUUGCCCAACCCAAAGAGGUAUAUAGGCAACAACAGCAACAACAAAAGGGAGGAAGAGGUGCUGCAGCUGGUGGAAGAGGUGGUACUAGGGGUCGAGGCCGAGGUCAGGGCCAAAACUGGAACCGAGGAUUUAAUAACUAUUAUGAUCAAGGAUAUGGAAAUUACAAUAGUGCCUAUGGUGGUGAUCAAAACUAUAGUGGCUAUGGCGGCUAUGAUUAUACUGGGUAUAACUAUGGGAACUAUGGAUAUGGACAGGGAUAUGCAGACUACAGUGGCCAACAGAGCACUUAUGGCAAGGCGUCUCGAGGGGGAGGCAAUCACCAAAAUAAUUAUCAGCCAUACUAAAGGAGGACAUUGGAGAAAACAGGAGGAGAUUGCUAAAGUAACCCAUCUGUCAGGACGCCAUUGAAGAUUGAUCUUCUCUUGCUCUAAGAUGAUUAUUUUGUAAAAGACUUUCUAGUGUAUAAGACACAACUGUGUCCAACUGUAUAUAGCCGCCAAUUAGUUUUCUUUGUUUUUACUUUGCCUUUUGCUAUCUGUGUUAUGAUUCAAUGUGGAUUUGUGUUUAUACAAAUUUUAUUUGUAUGAUUUCAUGUUAAACCUCAAAUAAAUGCUUCCUUAUGUGAAAAAAAAAA